AAUUGAAGUGUCAAAAACUUAAAAGUACCAAAAUCAAAAAUGGCGGCGGAGGGUGACGAAGUGAUAUCGGAUCAGGAAAAAGUUAGAAUUGUGUCGGAUUUUAUUUUACAUUCUCCUCCGGGUGAAUUCAAUGAAGUGUUCAACGAUGUGAGAGUAUUAUUGAAUAACGACACAUUGCUCAAGGAGGGUGCGAGUGGUGCUUUUUCGCAAUACAACAAGGAUCAACUCACACCCGUGCGUCUUGAAGGCUCCGAACUUCAUACGCUUAUUACAGACCAUAAUGAGCUUGGUGGUGGUCGAUUCUUUGACCCUCGUUCAAAGCGGUCCUUUAAAUACGAUCACCUACGAAAGGAUGCGUCAGAAUACGAGCCAUAUGAACCUGACAAGGUGGCGGAGCCCUGGCGGGCCGCUCUAGAUGUAGAGUUGACCAAUUACGUCGCUGAGCACUACAAACACGGCGCUAGUUUAGUCGUGGGACGAGCAUUAGAGUCUGGAUCGGUUUCGCUUGUUGCUUGUAUCGAAGACCACCAGUUCCAGCCUAAAAACUAUUGGAACGGGCGGUGGAGAUCUGUCUGGUCGAUAACGGUGGGCAGUGGUGCAGCCGAACUGCGUGGUAUGCUACGAGUGCAAGUACAUUACUAUGAGGAUGGUAAUGUACAGUUGGUUAGUUCAAAAGAGGUCCGUGCACCUCUCGUAGCGACAGGUGAAGUAGCCACUGCGAAAGAGUUCGUAAGACUUGUCUGUGAUGCGGAAAAUGCCUACCAGACAGCAAUAUCGGAUAAUUACAAGACUAUGAGCGACACAACAUUUAAGGCAUUGCGACGACAGCUUCCAGUAACACGCAGUAAGAUUGAUUGGGCGCGCUUGGUGUCAUACACGAUUGGUAAGGAGCUGAAGAGCCAAUGAUGUCUCGCCGCUGCGCUCUGAGUUGCAGCGUGGUCCAUGCCUCUGUACAUAUUCAUAUAAGAGAAAAUCUUGUUCAAAUGUUUACUGGCUCCGAGGGGCGCAUCCCCGGUGCAUAUUUAUCUAUGAUAUAGAGAAUCGCUAUUGUAAACUGUUAAAUUUUAUUGCAUUUUGUUACUCUCAGUAUGGAAGAAUAAUGAGUAUUUAAUUAUUGCCAGCUUCAUGUGCUGUUCCCAAUAGAGUCCAUCACAGUUUUGAGUUUUCAAUAGCAGAGAUUAUAGAAAGAUUGUACAUUGUAAUUAGUAACCUCCUAGAGUUUAUGCAGUACCAUAGCACAGCCUUCAUUCAGUUGUUUUUGUCUACAAAUGGUUUGUGUAAGCAAUGUCUGAAAUUUCUUUGGUAAAUGAAUGUCAAUUAAAAAUUAUAAGUUUUUUCUUCAGUACAUCAGUUUCAAAAUCCAUCCAUCAGAGGAGAGUAUUAUUUGAUAUUGCUUGCAUAUGAUAUGUGCGCUGUCAGCCAAACAUGAAAAGGUUUCUAAUGGUGCAUUUAAUUAUAGUUAAUUUUAAUUGUCCAUGUAGCUUUAAUGCAAGUUUAUGGGCAGAGAGCACAAUAUAUUGUCUUUGAAAAUUAUGCCUACAAUGGUUGCUCAAAUACACUGGGUAAAAUUAUGUCCAUAAAUUGUCAUUGAGAGUGAUUGAAAGCAUUUUUUUAUAAGUAACAAUAUAACUCCCAAUUAAUAAUUAUUUUAAUU